UAGCGCAACGUUUUCUUGCUGGGGCGCGCUAGCGCGCUCAUGGAGUUGAUUCUUUGGUAAGCAUGCGAAAUCCUUUGAUUGCGUAUUGAAUAUACAUCCAUGUCUUUCUUGUUCACUAGCUAGGACCAAAUUCUCACAUGUCCGUUUCGUUAUUACAACCUUCUUUCUUUAUGUCAAAGACCAGAAGCUACGCGCAAAUUCUCAUUGGAUCUCGGUUGUUCUUAACAGCGAUGGCUAUUCAUUUAAGUCUUCGGGUAGCACCACAAGAUCUUCAACAAGGUGGAAAUUCUCGUAUUCCGUAUGUACAUGUUCCUGCGGCUCGGAUGAGUAUACUUGUAUAUAUCGCAACGGCUAUAAACAGUUUUAUGUUCCUUUUAACAAAACAUCCCCUUUUUCUUCGCUCUUCCGGAACCGGUACAGAAAUGGGUGCUUUUUCUACGUUGUUUACCUUAGUGACUGGGGGGUUUCGGGGAAGACCUAUGUGGGGCACCUUUCGGGUGUGGGAUGCUCGUUUAACCUCUGUAUUCAUCUCGUUCCUUAUUUACCUGGGUGCACUGCGUUUUCAAAAGCUUCCUGUCGAACCGGCUCCUAUUUCAAUCCGUGCUGGACCGAUCGAUAUACCAAUAAUUAAGUCUCCAGUCAACUGGUGGAAUACAUCGCAUCAACCUGGGAGCAUUAGCCGAUCUGGUACAUCAAUACAUGUUCCAAUGCUCAUUCCAAUCUUGUCCAACUUUGCUAACUCCCCCUUCUCAACCCGUAUCUUGUUCGUUCUGGAAACACGUCUUCCUAUUCCAUCUUUUCCCGAAUCUCCUUUAACGGAAGAAAUAGAAGCUCGAGAAGGAAUACCAAAACCUAGUUCACUCGCUGAGAUUGACGGUUCAUGCCGGAAAGGUACGAAGUUGGACUAAUUUGGAAACAUUGGGCAAUUUACUUUAUACCUACUAUUCCGUCUGGUUUUUGGUUCCUAGUCCUAUUUUAUUAGUAGCCAUGAUUGGGGCUAUAGUACUUACUAUGCAUAGGACUACACAGGUGAAAAGACAGGAUGUAUUCCGACGAAAUGCUAUUGAUUCUAGGAGGACUAUAAUGAGGAGGACGACAGACCCGCUCACGCCCCCCGGUCGGCCGUGUUUG